CCCAAUGGAAAAUUUGACCUCUCUCAUAUAAAUUAAGAAAAUAAUAAAAAAAACAUUUUUAUAAAAAAUUAAAAAAAAAAAGAAAAAGAAAAAAAAAGUUUCUUGGGGUUCUGUCCAACUUUUUUCCAAGAAAGUCCUGGUUUCUUCGUUUUCUUGUCUCCCAAACACCACCCUUAUCUCUUUUUUCUCUCUUAUUCUAUUAGGAUGAUUUUUCUUUUCGCAAAGAAGACUUCUUGAAAAUUCAUCCGAUAAUUCUUUUUUUUUUUUCAAUUGCAAAUUCUGGUUCCGGUGGUUUGUGGAAUCCGAACCUCCGGAUCUUUUUUUUUGAACGAUUUUUCUUCGAUUAUGUCUUCUCACUGGUGCUACAGAUGCAGUCGAUUCGUUAGGGUUUCGAACGACGAAGCCGUGGUCUGCCCAGACUGCGACAGUGGAUUCGUGGAGGAGAUCGACAACCCUCCUCGAGCCGUGCACGUGGACUCGCGGAGGAGGAGAUUCCCUGCGGCCGCCAUGUAUAUGAUCGGAGCUCACCGCGGCGGUUCCAAUUCAGAUCGGAACAACUCAGGUCCCGGACUCAGAAGGACUCGGAGGAACGGCGGCGACCGUUCUCCUUUCAACCCAGUGAUCGUGCUUCGCGGAUCGUCGUCGGAUGGAGCUAACGGCGAUGGCGGUUCAGAGGGACGUGGGUUCGAGCUCUAUUACGACGACGGUGCUGGAUCGGGUUUGAGACCUUUGCCGCCGAGCAUGUCGGAGUUUCUAUUGGGGUCUGGAUUCGACCGGCUUUUAGAGCAGCUUUCUCAGAUCGAAAUCAACGGUAUCGGACGGUGCGAGCAGCCACCGGCAUCCAAAGCUGCGAUCGAGUCGAUGCCGACGAUCGAGAUCGACGAUUCUCACGUCUCGAAUGAACCGCACUGCGCCGUGUGCAAAGAAGCUUUCGAAUUGGGAACCGAAGCUCGAGAAAUGCCCUGUAAGCACAUAUACCAUUCCGAUUGUAUCCUUCCAUGGCUGUCUCUUCACAAUUCCUGCCCUGUUUGUCGCCACGAGUUGCCCGCUGAUACCCAGAACAGCUCCGAGUCGGAAAAUGGUCAGUCUUUGCUUUCCAACGAAGAUGAAAACGUGGGUUUGACAAUUUGGAGGCUACCUGGGGGUGGAUUCGCUGUGGGAAGGUUCUCUGGGGGAAGAAGAGGGGGUGAGCGUGAGCUUCCUGUUGUUUACACGGAGAUGGAUGGUGGGUUUAACAGUGGCGGUGUUCCGAGAAGGAUUUCGUGGUCGUCGAGAGGUAGAAGAGGGAGAGACAGAGGUGGGUUGAGAAGGGUUUUUCGAAAUUUCCUUGCUUGCUUUGGUGGGAUGGGUUCUUCUUCGGCGUCUAGCUCUGCCUCAUCUUCGGACACUCGGAGCCGAAGGUCAACAACAACUAGAACAACGCCGGCGAGGAGGGCUACAUCGUUGUCAAAUUUGGAUGCGACCACGAUACCUCGGACGCGCAGAACAUGGUCUAUGGAUGUCAACAGUGGUAUUGUAAGAUGGUGAAUGAAUGGCGGUUCAACAAGGUGUAGCUAUUAGACGAUGUACAUAGUGAAAAACCAACGCAAAAAAGGGCCUUCAAAAGAUUCAAAAUUUGCAGUUCAUAGAGGGCCUUUUGAUAUGUCUUUAAAAGGGCUUUUUUACUAUCAAAUGAAAACGGGGAAGAUUGCUAGUGAUAUAUGCAGCCUCUUAUUUAGUGAAGUUUCCUACGAGAAAAAAAAAAAAAAAUGAGGAACAAGAAGAAGAAGCAGCAAUUCAGUAGUUGCAGGACAAUCCUUCAACGGGGCGAUGAGAGUUGUGUCUUUCUGAGAUCAAGAAGGUACACCACCACCUCAUGUGCCAGAGUGCCUUUCAACUUUCAUGGAUUCGAUUAGAAUUGCUGCUUUUAAAUCUUUUUUUUUUUUUUUUUUUUUUUUGGCCUUCAAUUAUUUGUAAUUUCUAGUGAGGUUUUAUGUUUGUUUUUCUGUGUUACUUCUAUCUGUUAUUAAUUUUCCAAAAAAAAAAAAAUUUAUCACAUUUAUUAAGCGUAUACGUGUGUUGCAUGAGAUGUUUCUGGCUUGAUUCAUUUUCAAUUAAAAUUUGUUUGAAUUGCUGUUAUUGACAAUAAUAUGCAGUUUUCACAUUUUGUAUCGGUUUUCGAUCCAUUAAAACCUGUUCUGGCAAGGUAUUGGUGCAUUUUAGUUUGCCGGUGCAAGAAGAUUGACGAGGUCUCCCAUCCAAGUUAAACUUGGAAAAUAAAUCCAGUGCAAAAUCUCUCUCAGAACAGGCAAUAUGGAGUUGUAAAUGCACCCAAAUGGUUUGUGGUUUACUAAGUUUUGUCUUUGUUAGCAUUUGAUUGAAGUGCAAUUGGGGGAUUUAGAAUUAAGGAAAUAGAGAGCUAGUAAAACAUCAAAUAGGGGAAAAGAAGCGAAAGAAGGGAUGGUCAGGUUAUAGACCUGUAAAGAUGGGAUGUAACCAUUGGAAAUAUCAAAUUUAGGGGCUUUACUAGGAACUGCUUAUUCUAUCGAGUCUUAGUUUUGCCCUGCUUCUUAAUGGGAUUGCUGGUAUAAAACGUGGGUAAGAUUGGGUCAAACAUAGUUUGGAGAUUGCGCGAGUAUCUGUUGAGUAGGAGAUCUGAAAAUGGAAGGAUUGAGGAUGGAAUAUCUCAGAAAUUUGUAUGUCUGGGAGUUGUACGAGAGUGGACCUCUAGAUUUCUAUUGACCAAACCGAGUAGCUCAUUGCAUGUUAGGAGACCAAACCGGUGCUCUACUAGCUAUAACAACAUAUAAGAAGCUGCCAUUUUGUGAUUUUACUUAUCAGGUUCAGAAGCUGACUUAUAGUAUAUAGAUUCUUUGGGGUGUGAGAAGCUAUAAACUGAACCUUAUUCUGGUUGAAAACAUUUUUUUCUUUGGUUAAAUGUUUGAAAACUAUUUCCAAUUUUUGUAACUCCCAUCUUAGCGGAAUUGAAUUUUUGUUAGUUUAUAAGCAAUUGGCGGCCUAGAAAACCAACAUAUAGCAAGGUAGUCGGAGUUGUCAUAGAACAAAAUAAUUGCACGUGCAAGGUGUGUACUGUUAGUAUUAGGUAAAAUUUUAUUGGUUCAUCUUUUUCUUCUAUAGUUUCCAAACUUUCACAUGUUACGUGAUUGGAAGCAGAUAAAUAUCUUUGAAAGGAUAUGGGGAAUAGGGAUUUGAUUCGAUCCUUUUCAUGCUAAUGUGGUUAGCAGCUUAUGGGAAAGGAUACAUUUAUUUAUUUAUUUAUAUGCCAGAUGUUCUUUGACAGACAAUAGAUCCUGGAAAUUCAAUGGUUGGUUGCCAUUUCGUAUUGAGAGUGAUAGAUGCCACAAUUUCCCAACAAUGUUGUAGUCCAUCACUUUGAUGUCAACAUCACAUUUGUCUACAGAAGGGUAAAAAAGAGAUUGGAGAGUUUUCUUUGACAUUUUGUGCUGUGAGGAGAUGGGGAUGUCACAGCCAAUAAUUAUUUUUAUUUCUUUGGGGGGGGGGG